AUGAAAGCCGAUUUUCAGACCACCGUGCGCCGCCGUCUUGAUCCCGAUCCCGAUUUUCGGCCACUUAGGCGUGGGCUUGCGGACAGUGAACAAUGGGUAGUUCGGCGUCCGUUUGUCUGGUCAACAGUCCGGUCUGGUCCGGACUGUCGAAGCCUGCUGGGGCAAAGGGUUGAUGCGAAAUCGUUACACCUGCGUUUAAAGCAAGGAAGGAACGCGGAGAAUACCAAUGCAUCUACUACUGAAAAAGAAUCAGAACAGUUGAGUCCUAUUGUCGAUUCCGGUGCUACAGUUGCUGAUGAUGAAAAGAGUAAUGUUGAAGACUUGUCUUCAAUUUUUGGCGACUUUGACAAGCAGAUAAAAGAUAUGGCGAAAAAUUUUGGAGAUUUAGAGAUUCUUUCCAAACUUCAACAUCAAACUAUUGCAUACCAUCUGCCUUGUUAUGCAGUGUAUCAAUCAAAAGAGAAGCGGUCCAUGGAAGAAUCUACUGAUUCUAGCUAUAGUAAAUAUAGACAGUUACAUCAGUUGGCCUUUCAAUCAAUAUCGAAUUUCAUUGAAACAGAAAUAAUAGAAAACAACAAAGUUAUGUACUUGGCUCAAUUAUUUUUAAGAUACCAAGCUCUACUGUUAGAGUUCGGAAAUUAUGAAAUUGAUUUCGAUGAUAUACAAGAUUAUCGAUCUGAAACCUUGCAAAAAAAAUUAAUUAGAAAAUUUGGUGAUCGUAUUACAAUUGAAGCGUCAACUGCAAUACGUAACAAAAAAAUUGUGUACAAAACAGACAUGGACGUUUCUGUAAUGGCAAACAAUUUCAAACUUUUGGAGACAAAAAAUGAUUAUGAGUUUGAAAAUGUUGCAUAUUAUUUGAGAAGUUGCAUUAAAAAUAUAGAUGCUCAUCCGCUUCCUCGUAACGUAACUGCUGAUGAUAUCAUUCGUGGAGAAUGUGACAUUCCUGAGCAAUUAUUUGAUUUUAUGCGAAAUGUUAUCCAAGGACCUAAUAUUUCUGAUGAAAAUUCGGACAAACUGAAAGUUAAAAUAACGUCAAUAUGUAGUGAUAUUAUUUAUGCUGUCACUAGGGGUACAUGUAAGCCCGCAAAAAGUUUAACCCUUGGACUGGCAAUGAAAUCUUUAACCAACUCUCGGCAAGUAAUCACGAUACUUAAUAGAUAUGGCCAUACGAUUGGUUAUAAUUUGGCAGAAGAAUUGGAAACUGAAAUGACAUAUACAUCAAUCCAAGAUAACAAAGUUAUACCAAAAGGCAUAAUCGCAGCAAAUGGACACAGCACCCACGUAGCGUUCGACAAUUUCGACCGUUUCGUUGACACAACUUCUGGAAAGGACACAAUGCACGACACAGUUGGAAUUAUUUAUCAAUUCUCUAGUAAUGGAGCUGAUAAUUUUGAUGAUGGUGCAGCUACAACUUCAUCAGCGCUUGAAGUAAAUGACAACGAAAAUGGAGAAGGACCUACCCGCAAGAGAAGACGUUUCAGUGAAAUAUCACGAGAAAUUCGACCAUAUUAUUCUAAACCUAAAGCAAGUAUGCAGCUAAUUACUGUAGAUUCGUUUACUAAUACAAUGAAUUUAUGCAAAGCUGCUGCGAAAAUAGCAAUAGAUAAGGAUUUAUUAUGGAUAAUGUCGUUGUCAAGAAUUGAUUCUGUUCCUAUGUGGUUGGGUUAUAAUUGUAUGAUAUCAAGUGACCACAGUGAGAAGCAAAAAAUUGAGUAUUUAUCUCCCAUAAAUUCUUCACCAACGUCAUAUGCAAUAGUCAAUGAAACAUUAAACAUGGCUAAAGAAAUUGCUGAAAAAUGUCAGCAGCCAGAAAUUAUUGUAACAUAUGAUUUAGCGAUAGCAAAAAUGGCAAUGCAAAUUCAAGAACAAGAAAAACCACUAUACAAUAAUAUUUUUGUUAACUUGGGGGCGUUCCACAUAGAAAUGGCAUUUUUUAAAGCCAUUGGAAAAUAUAUUGACUGCAGUGGAUUAGUGGAAGUACUGGUGCAAGCAGAAGUAUUAGCUGGCGGCUCCACGAAUAGCUUUUUAGACAGCAAGCAUUUUAAUCGUUGCAAGCGCUUACAUCCUUUAACUGCUGCUGCAUUACAAAUAUUACAUUUUGAACAGUAUUUAUCCACAACUAAUGUAACACCUGAGGCGAUGGAUGAACUGCUGCAAACGCAAAUACAGAAUGCAUCAAAUCAAGCUACGUAUGACGUCAACAAAACAAUAGAGUUACCAGAUUUAUUGAGUCGUAUUAUGAACGGUUAUAAAGAAUUCUGCAAUCAAACUUUGAUAGGAGCACAUGGGAAAACUGCUCAAUUUUAUUACCAGUACUGUGAGUUAAUUAAUUUAUACCAUCGGUUUUCUAGAAGUAUCCGCACCAGUAAUUUUGAACUGUACGUGGACUCAAUUUACAACAUGUCUGAUAUAUUUUUUGCGUUAAACCAGCCCAAUUAUGCCAGAUGGUCCUUGUUAUAUUUGAGCAAUUUAAUCAAUUUGUAUACCAAUAAUUCAUCUUUGAUAGCUGAAUUUCGUCGAGGCGCCUUUGGAAUUAGACGAACUGCAGCAAAUUUUUCUCGAUCACCAGUUGACUUGACGCUAGAGCAGACUAUCAACGCUGAUGCUAGCAAUCAAUUGGCUGAUAAUCUUGCUGCAGACUCAAUAUCUGCACGUCAAAGAUGGGCGCUCAGUCAUAGCAUGAGGACAAAGAUAUUAACAUCUAUCAAACAAAAUAUUGGAUUAACGCAAAAAGAUGAUACUUCGCACUCCUUGCAACAAAGUAAAAUUAAGAAAGACAAAAAAAAUCUGAACAGUAUCAUUGAAGCAAUAAAAUGUACGAUGAAUCCAUUUGAUGACACGAUUGACAAAGAUAUAUUAUUCAACAUCUCAACGGGUAAAGCUACAUCUAAAGAAGUUGCUGAUUUCCUGCUGAACGUGAAAACAGCAGGCUAUCAACAAAAAUUAAAUUUUAUCUCGGAAUGCUCUUCAACUCCCGCAAGAUUCGAUAAACCUAUAAAACGAAACAAAAUCUACAAUUUUGCUUCUCAAUAUGCUGCUGAUAUUUUCAUUGAUGAAAAAAUGAAGAUCGUUCAAGAAUUUACGGCUAGUAUGUAUGGUAUCCAGAACUGCACCAAUGUAAAUGAUGCGAGAUAUCGCAUUUUUAUGAAAAAUUAUUCUGCUAAAGAAGACAGCGAACAGUUUUUAAAAAAAAUAAAAGGCUUCGACUCCAACUCCAUUCCACCAUGCUGGAUAUCAUUAAUUCAAAAAAUUUUACGAACUGUUUUCAUAAAUUCCAUGUGGCUUAAUGCAACGGAUCCAAUAUGCGUGAAACUUCAGCCUGAGAAUUGCGGUUGGUUCUUAGAUGAAUAUUUAAAACCAGUAGGAUUUAUUGGAGACCAUACACCUUUAAAGAUAGAAGACAUUGUCGAAAGAACUGAAACGGAGAGUGAUGACGCAGAAGAUUCAGAAGUUGAAGAUCAUAGUUAUAUGUCCGAUGACUCGGAACGUGAAUAA